UUUCUUCAUCAUUCUCAGGCGCCGAAGAAGGAAAAAGCCCCGCCUCCAUCUUCCAAACCCGCUAAAUCUGGCGGUGGGAAGCAGAAGAAGAAGAAAUGGAGCAAGGGUAAGCAAAAGGAGAAGGUGAACAACAUGGUUUUGUUCGAUAAGCCUACUUAUGAUAAGCUUCUUUCUGAAGCUCCUAAGUUCAAGCUCAUUACCCCUUCCAUUCUCUCUGAUCGUCUCAGGGUUAAUGGGUCUCUUGCAAGAAAGGCUAUUAAAGAGCUAAUGUCAAGAGGUUUGAUUAGGAUGGUUUCUGCACAUUCCAGCCAGCAGAUCUACACUAGAGCAACUAAUACUUGAUGGGUAGAUUGGAGCAAUUUUGUUCCUAUUUGGGCUCUUCUGGUUUCUCUUAUCUUCAUAAUGGAUUCUGGUUCUUUUUAUUAAGAUUUUAAUGGGUUUUGAAGUUCUUAUUUUGAUGGGGAUGGAUGUUUACUCCAUUGUUAUGCAAACCAACAACCAUCACUUUAUUUAAGGGUUUGUUUGUAGUUCAUUUAAAACUACCAAAUGUUUAUGUGUUUGUUUGAGAUUAGAUUGAAUCUGAGUUACAUAUUGGAGGCUCUUUGAUGAUCA